AGCUGGCGUUUGUUUACAUUACAAAAACUCAAAACCUAAGAAAUUUGUGAUAAAAAUUAUUUUCUUUUAUAUUUUUUACAAUAAAAAUGAAAAUUUUGUAAUAAAAUAAAGUAAAAUAUUUAAGUUUAAUUUAUUAGUAACAUUAUUAUAAUCAUAAAAAUCUUCUAUUAGUAUGUACUCAUUAGAAAAAUAUCGUUUUUGUUUUCUGGCCGGCUUGUGUGCGGCCGGUGGUAGUUUCUUUGGCAAAUUACCCAGUUUACUUAAAGAUAACAGAGUUUUGGGGAGAACUUGCCCAUUUUAGCAGAGUCCUGGCAAAAUAUAUGGAGAAUUUGCUCUGUAUCAAGCCGUGCCUUUAGUUUUAAUGGUUUUUAGCAAUCUAUUAAAUUGGCGUUACUUUCUGAAAGCUCUCCAAUUAACGGAGCAAACCUUGACUGCGACUGUUUUAACAGCGGCCAGUAAUUACAUAGUAUCGUUCAUUUUAGGUUCUUUGGUUUUUAAGGAACACUUUAGCAUUUAUUCCAUACUGGGUUCCACUUUUAUAGUCUUAGGCUUGUGGUUCUUAUGUGCUGAUACACAAGUACAAAAAACGAAAGAAAAAAGAAAGAUAAUACUACUUCAAAACUGUUUCUCAAAGCCAACUCUGGCAGUUUCCAAGACAAGAAUAAGGAUCACGAAUGGCUGUAAAUAAGAAUUUAAAGAAUCAAACAAAAUUGUUCAUUUUUUGACAAAAACAUGUAUUAUAUAGAUUUUAAGUGUU